AUGUCUGACCCAGCUGCGUCGGCCCCAACUGACAAUGUUGGUCUGGGCGACGUGCUCAGUACGCUCAAAUCGAUCCAGCAGACCCAGGCCAGUCUGGUCACCGCCGUCGAAUCUCUCUCGCGUACAACCCCGCAGGCGGCCACCGGAGCAACCACCGAUGCCCGAUCAGCCGGUCCGAAUGAUCUGAAUCAGAGUCUCGACAGCAGCGCUGUCGCUGAUCUGCAGGCCUCGCAACAUCACGUCGCAAACUCGGAGGGUCCUGAACUGCAAGCACCUGCCGUACCGUCAUCGCCUGAGCAGCGAUCUGGCUUCACUUCCCGAAUUGUCUUAACCACGUAUCCCAAGCAGAGUGGCAUCGAUCCUCUUCCCCUGAAAUGGGGACACCCUGAUCCUCUCAUACGAGGGCCAGUCGUCGUUUCUCGGUUGUCUUCGACCCUCAGACGCCGGAACGCCGUUGGAGGUAAGCAUACCGUCGUGGCCAUGAUCGUGCAUCCGUUCGCUGACUCAAACGGUGGUUCUUAUUCCAUAUACUAUGCGCUAGCCGUAGCAAGCAAGCAGCUUGAUUUGGAGCACAGACCGGACUUCACCAAUACGGAACCUGCCUCCCGGAUUGGGCCCUUCCCUCAAUGGGGAGAUGAGAAGAAGAUUGUAGCCAUGGAUCCAUGGGGACAUCUCGCGCCUUGGCUGUUCAAAGACACCAUCGAGAACGAAAAUGUGGACAUUCGUCCUACCAUUGCCAUUACGAAGGCUCACAUGAAGGUUUGGUACCUACCAGGUGUGGCAGAACGGUUCGGCAUUGACGAAGGUACAUUGCGGAGAUCACUUUUCGAGCACACCGGUGGUAGUUAUCCGGAGUUGAUCACUCGAAAUGACAUCAAGGUCUUCAUGCCUCCGAUCGGCGGUCUAACCGUGUACUGCUUCGGAGAUCCUGCCAAAAUGUCCGAUGAUUCGGUCAGACUAGCUUUACGCAUCCACGACGAGUGCAACGGAAGCGAUGUUUUUGGCUCGGAUAUUUGCACCUGUCGUCCGUACCUCAUAUUCGGAAUUGAAGAGGCUGUCAAGGAAGCCCAGAAUGGGGGAAGCGGCGUUGUCAUCUACUUUCGAAAGGAGGGGAGAGCUCUCGGCGAAGUGACCAAGACGACCUGCAAGCGCCCUAACGAGCUAACCAUUAUUACAGUCGUCUACAAUGCUCGCAAGCGUGGCGAAGAUCGAGCGUCUGAUUACUUCCGUCGGACUGAGAAUAUCGCUGGUGUGAAAGACAUGCGCUUCCAGGCACUGAUGCCUGAUGUGCUGCAUUGGCUUGGUAUAAAGAAGAUUGACCGGAUGCUCAGCAUGAGCAACAUGAAGCAUGAUGCAAUUGUCAGUCAAGGGAUCCCCAUCCAUGAGCGCGUGGAGUUACCAGAGGACUUGAUUCCGGCGGAUUCAAGAGUCGAGAUCGAUGCCAAGAUCACCGCAGGAUACUUCACCGCAGGAAAGAGAAUGACGGAGGAGGAGCUAAGCGCUGUGCAGGGCAGGCUGUGGGAAGACAUUGAUCACUGAGCCGCUUGAAGAGAGCAUGCAUUUGUGGGCGUGUGGGCGGGCGGUGUGCCUGACAAGCCCGAGUGCAUAUGGGUCUUUGUCGCGGCCAUCAACGUACCAGGCAUCGGCUCGUAAUUUGUAAGUCGGGCUAGCAAGCAUUAGGUCGUUCAAUCGUGCUGCUAGCACACGGAAAGUGUACCGCUCCUACUAUCAAGAUCUGCGGUGUCGUUAGGCCGAAUGAAUUCAAGUCGUUAGAGCCCA